GUCACUUUGACUUUCUUCUAGAUGGGGUAUGUGUUCAGUGUGCCAGGUCAAAGAAAGAGAGAAAAAUGAUAGGUAGUUUCCUUCUUGCUUUUGCGGGGGUUUUGGCAGAAUUGGGUUCGACUCCCGUUAUACGCGAUGUGGCGAAUCAGACUGAUUCAACGAGAUAUGCCUGCAUUAAGAUUUAAAACUUGUCGUCUACUUUCAGGAAAUGUUCGGAAGAGAGAACUUACAAUAAUACAACGCCGCAUUCUCCGAAGAUUGAGGAACAAGAAGAGAUCUAUUAAGAGAAAGAUUUAUCCAAGAGAAAAUCUUAACAGUUACAUCCAAUCACAAACUACACGAAAGUUGCCCCUUAUUCAUGGGGAUUUACCCAUCACAGAGAUGCACAGAGGAACAGAACGAACUUCAUAUAUCCCUUUUCUACUCAAUCCAGAAACAAGAUCGGACGUUAUUCCGGUUCGUCUCCAUUUUCGUGAAACUAUUCCUCAAGCAAGGCAGCCGAUAAGUCAUCGAAGGGUUUGUGUGAAUAAUCGAAUGGGAAGCAUUACUCGUUUGAAAGUUUCCCACGGCGAUCUAAUAUCUUUUCAAGAAAAUGACGCGAAAAUCCGCGGUGAAGAAAUAAGGAGAUCUUUCUAUAUCGAAAUAUCAGUAGAAAAAAUUAUAGGCAAAUUCCUGGGUCACCGGGUAAGAAUGUGGAGAAGAACCAAAACGGAAUGGUUCCGCCUACUCAAAACUAAGCGGGGAUGCCGCCUGCUACUAAAAUCCCGGUUUUUGCAACAACAGUUGCGUUAUUCUAUGCAAGAAGAAUACUUAGAAAGAACAAAGAAGUUUGGAUCCGAAAAAGUAUGCUUAGGAAGUUCUUUCGCUGAGCACAACAGAAUGAAGAGGAAUUUUUAUCAUUUCAAAUCCCUAUUCUUAUCGAAGAGAAGAAACGAGAAAAAGCGAUAUCUUCCUACUCGAACAAGAAGGAAGAUAGUUUACAACUCUUCUUUAUAUAGUAAUUCGACCUAUUGGUCCGCACCCCCCCAUAAGUUUACUAGGAAGAGAAGAAUAAAAAGGAUCGAACUACCUACUCAUUAUUCGGAGGUGAAUCAUAGAACACCAAAAGCGGUGGUAUUUUAUGGACCUAACAUAGGUCACAUCCCUCACGACAUAAGAUUGAAAGAUCCAAACCUUCCUCUUCGGAGCGGAAACGGACGUGGCCAAAACAUAUAAAGAUCGGCGUAGUCGCUCAUAGGGACAUAUCUAUCCGGAUAGGGGAUAGUCUAGUCUAUCGCCGUCUCUAUCACGCUAUUAGAUAUUCGAAUAUCUAAUUUCUUUUUCUUAUUUAUAAUUGAACAAAAGCGAGGAGCGAGCCAAAGAGCGAGUUAGGUCUACUUCAAAUAGGGGCCAAGUCUUGCCUAAGCUCUUUAACCUGUUCCUCAAGGACAGGAAAGAUAGAUAGAUUCAAUUAGAUUACACUCCUAUCAGUGCAACGGCCGCUUUCUCCCCCACCUGGCUGCUCAAUCUAAACCAUUAGGGGUGAGGAAGAUUGAUCAAACUCCCCAAGGGGAGGGGAUAGGAACGUACUAAAUCAACAGGCAGGCAGACAGGACUUUAGCGGACGAGCAAUCGAAUAUUCCCGCUAAUCACUCGUACUCCUCCUAGCCCAUGAUUCAGUCUGUGGUCACGGAGCUAUGUAAUACCUCUGUACUAAAGUACCUGGUCCUUUACUUGACUAAGGGAAAAUCCCUAAGAAAUGCGCCGAGCAGAAUAGCAGCAUCAUGCUUCAAUUUAAUAAGGAUGUUAAGCUAGCUCGAUCGCAGGAAAUGAUGGAAAGGUUGAAGCCCCAGUGGCAAGAAGAACAAGGUAACGGAUGGAAGAUAGAUAGAACGAGGUGACAUUGGAACAGGCAGUCAAGUAAUCAAGCUACUGCCCUUCCUUGGGAGGGAUAGGAGCCCUUCUUCUCGAGCAUUGAAUAGCAUGGCCUGCCUUUGGAUGGGCUUUUGGGAAUGAAUGAUAGAGCACAGGCAAGGCAUAAGUCCAAAAGAAGCACGGGCAUUUGCUGGGACUUGAAUGGGCAUGCUAGAAUAAGUCCUUUCGAUCCUCAGAAAGGAGCAAGUCAGCUAAUGAAGGCUCGCCCAUCUCUUUUUAUUGAUUCUCGCUAAAGGAUCGGGUACUUUGAUUGGUAUUAAAGUAAAGUGUUCUAUCCCUUCGAUCAAGUAACCUAUUAACUUAACACCAACAAAAAAACUAUU